UUUCCAUGAGAUUGAACAAUCGAAUUAUUCAAAAAAUAUAAGGACAGAUCCGAUUACAACAACGAUAAACUUUGUACUAAAGAUUCAAAUGCUAUCAUGAAGUUCCCUCGCCUUCCGAAGACAUGGAUCAUACCUGAGUUGGAAAGAAUAAGGACUACUAAUCUUUUAGUACUAAUUGUCCAACUAAAAUACUAUUAUAAAAUAUUAGCUUGGU